UGCCUGGGUCCCCGGGAAUGGUGAGUGAUUGUGCCCCGGAGUGCACCUGAAAUGAAAAUAAUUAAAAAUUCAAAUUUUACGAGCAUCCGUGAUGAAUAUUCAUGAUGAGCCAGCCUGCUGCUGGGACCGAUUGCCGGCCUCUACCCGUGGUGAAGUGCACCUGAUGGAUUAUCGUUAAAAAGCUCGACCACUUGAUGCAAUAGUGGAAUUAACGUUUUCCCCCCCUGCGCAAACGCGUUCAACGAGAAAGUGGGUGAAAGCCCACCGAGCAGUAAUGGACGAAAUCUCGCGUAGUUCCGCUUCCGUUGUCCUCCCAAACGUCAUCGUCGACGUCGAGUGAAUGAAUGAUGAUGAUACUGAUGCUCACUCUGGCUCAGACGCUGGAACAUGGACGCGACAGUUGAAAUGAUUGAUGAAGCAAAAUACGCUACGCUGUGCAAAUAACGAAACAAAUAAUUAUAAAUUUAUGCUGAAAUUAAUUUGAUUGUGUCUGUGGAGCCUAUCGCUCGUCGUCGUUGUCGUCGGUGUAUUUGUGCAAUUAGUGCCUGUGCGCGUACACUCGAUGGUGCGAAGUCGUCUGUAAUUCUCUUUCAACUCCGACUGCUGUCCACUGCUGCUACUUAAAUAAUGCUCUGAAAAUCGCAAGUGAUUAAUAAGUGACACUCGUGCGUCUCGUGAAAUCUAGUGAAAUUCAAUUCGCGCCAAUCUCAGUGCUCGCACUCUGAAAAUGACCUCCCACUGGAAUAUCUUCCCGCUGCUGCUUCAGGUGCUGAGCGUGGUUCAGCUCUCGCAUGGAUACUUUGACCUGUUUCUCAACCACUCGGAAGUAAUAAAACUAAUGGGCCUCAAGGCAGAUCUGUUCUACGUUCGGAAUGGUGUCAUUAGCGACUACGCCCUCAGCUUCAUGGUUCCGAUGAAGACCGGCAACGACGAUAUGCAGUUCUCCUGGCAGAGCCGAACGGCGUAUCCGCUUGCUUAUACGAUAUCGGUGCACUUGGACGACAACCAGGGAGCCCUGCAGCACCCGGAGCUGAACAUUCCCAGCAGCGGAGCCAUCCCGAGGACGGUCGAGACGUUCAAGGUCCAUUUGCGUUGCACCGGCAACGUGUCGAGGGAGGUGCCGGUCGGAAUCCAACUACACGUCGAGGGUCCACCGAAGCAAAACGAUACGAAAUUGAUUAUCAAACGAAAUAAAAUUUGCAUUAAAGGCAUCUUCCCGCCACGACACCGGCUCCCGGCAGCGGAAAUCGCACCCCCACAGGGACCUGCCCUCCUCGGUGCCGCGGCCUGUGCCCUCGGAUUGGUCCUGGUAGUGGGGCUCAUUGCCAGCGCGAUGUACGUGAGGGCCCGCAAGCAGAUACGCCAGGACUCGCUACACACCAGCUUUACCACUGCUGCUUAUGGCAGCCAUCAGAAUGUUUUCAUCCGUCUGGAUCCCCUGGGGCGACCACCCAGUGCGAACAGUGGCUCCUACGCUACGAUUGCCAGCCUCAACAAAUACCCCAUCAGUGAGUCGAAAAAAUCAUGGUUUCGGAGCACACCGUCCCCGUCGCCGUACGCAACGGCCCUACUCCCGCUGAAUCACGCUCACAGCCAUCAGAACGGACUGCCCACGACGGAGUCGGUCUACGCCAAGCCGGAAUCGGUCUGUCCAUCCCGGGUGUCCUAUUACGCUUCAUCGCAACUAACUCAGGUGUACAGCCUAUCGACUCCAGCCCGGAGUAUCCAUAGCAAUAGCUCCAAUCCGAAAGAUAAGCUCCGACGAAUUGCCGUCUCGCCGGACACCAUCAUCUGCCAGCAGCUGGCACAGGAGGGCACCUACGGACGGAUAUUCUACGGUGUUCUGCACCAUCCUCUCGGCGAAACGAGGGACGUCCUAAUCAAAACUGUUGUCGACGGUGCCUCGCUCAGUCAAGUGGCCUAUCUUCUGUCGGAAGGAUCAACGCUUUGUGGGGUGUCUCAUCCCAACAUACUCUUCCCUGUGGCAGCUGUCACCGAGCUUUCGGGCCCACCGAAAGUUGCCUAUCCGCUGGCAGCGAAAGGAAAUCUCAAACUAUACCUUCAGAGCUGUCGUGAUAUCGGCAUGCAAAGCUCGGGCAUGUCGUUGAGCACCCGACAGCUGGUGGAGUGUGGCCUGCAAGUGGCCCGUGGCAUCUCGCAUCUUCAUUCGCUCGGAGUCCUGCACAAGGAUGUCGCCACCAGAAACUGUGUGCUCGAUUCCGAGCAAAACGUACGAGUCUGUGAUAACGCACUGUCGCGUGAUGUGUUCCCGAAUGAUUACCACUGCCUUGGCGACAACGAGAACCGCCCGAUCAAGUGGAUGGCGCUGGAAACGCUGGAGAAAAAGUUCUACACCGCCUCGAGUGACAUCUGGAGCCUGGGGGUGCUGCUGUGGGAGCUGGCCACACUGGCGGCGAUGCCGUUUGAGGAGGUGGAUUCGUUUGAGCUGGGUGCUUACCUCAGGGAUGGCUAUCGGUUAGCACAACCCGUAAAUUGUCCGGAUGAAUUCUACACCGUAAUGUCCUGCUGCUGGCUUCAGGACUACAAGCAGCGUCCCUCGUUCCCGCAGCUAAUUGCCUACCUGCACGACUUCCACGAGGACCUGAGCAAGUACGUCUAGUAGAGCGGUGGUGGCGUGUCAAAUGGUAAUUUCUCCGGCGAUCCGGCCAACCAACCGAGCGGUUCUUGGUCGUUACAACGUCCACAACGUGAGCACUAGGCUACUUUUGAUAUGAUUGAAGGUGCUUUUCUCGCAACGUCACACGAUCGUUACCUAUAUAUGUAAUAGUGCAGCCUAGCAUCAUUGCUUGUAAGUGAAGCUGUGCACAGUUUGUUAACAAGAAAAAAAUUGGAGCCAGAUUCCAGGGAAGGAGAGGACGGAAACGAAACACUAUGCAGAUUAGCAUCAUAUGUGAAGAUGCACGGCAAAUCAAACGGUGCAAUAACUGGGCUAGGGGGGAACUUGAAUGUAGAGAAAGAUUUCAGGUAGAUUUAUCGAUAAACUUUUGUAUUCCAGAUGCAUGAGUACUACUGCCAUGCGUAUCGCGAUCGUGAUGGAUC